AUGCUAACUAUGCUCCGAUUUCUGUUUGGAAAUGGAGAAUACGAAAAAUGUCUUCAUAUUGGUCUAAUAUAUUGUCAAGAUGUUCCAGUUGAGUGUUUAGAUUGUCUAUUAGAAGUAGAUUGUGUAUACGGUCAGAUAAUAUCCACAAAAUGUAUAAUGUUAAAUGGAACAUGUUUGGUAUCCUCUACAUCCAGUAUGAAAGUUCGAGAAUUUGAAAAGAAUUACACAUGUCGUUAUUGUUAUCAAGUACCAUUAGAUAAUCACACGUGUACACCGUAUUUACAAUGUAAGAAAAACGAUUAUUAUCAGUCAAAUUGUACAAUUGAUUCAAAUAUUCUCUGUUUGGGUUCAAGAACAUUUUAUCGAAAUGUUGAAUGUAGUUUUACAAGUGGAUAUCGUACACGAACGGUGUUUAUUUUGAGUGUGCUCCUAGGAGGAUUUGGUGUUGAUCGAUUUUAUUUAGGACAAGUGAAAGAAGGAUUUGGAAAGAUUUUUUCAUUCGGAGGAUUGGGUGUAUGGACAUUAAUUGAUUCGAUACUUAUCGCUUGUGGAUAUUUGACGCCAGAAGAUGGAAGUGUGUACAUCACGACUUAA